ACGAGAUACACAGAGAGCUGCUGGGUGCGGAAGAUUUGGAGGUCUUGCUUGUCUCAGCUAUUCCUCUCUGUCUAGACACUGAGCACCUCUGCCUGCUUUUGCCCCAGGUGGGAGGUCAAUCCCCCCUAAUAAGAUAAUUAGUAGCUUUGGGACCAUCAGAAUACCUUAACGAGAAAUGGCCUUAACUGGAAGGUGCUAGGUCAACCAAGAGAGCUGAUACAAGAGGGCGUGUGAGCCUGGCGGGCUACAGUCCCUGGGGUUGCAGAGAGUCAGAGACGUCUGGGUGAUUGACACUUGGACCUGUCACCAUUCUCUCCUCUCUGGGCUCCCUACUCCCAUCCUCCCCUCUUGCAAUCCACUCUCCACUCAGCAGCCAGAAGGAUCCUGUGAAAGCCCAAGUCCGGUCACUUCCCUGGACUCACGCAGAAUAAAACCCCAAGUCCUCUGUGGCUUGUCCUCAUCGCCUGUCUGACCCCACUUCCUUGACCCCGCUUCAGCGCCUUGCGGUUGCUUAAGCGUCCCCAGCACAUCCCUGCCACAGGACCUUUGCAUCUGCUCUGCCUUCUGCCCAGAACGCCCUUCCCCAUUCGCCUAACUCGCUGCUUAUCUUCUGCGCAUCAGCUCAGACUCCCUUCCUCAUGUGGACACCCUGACCACUAAAAACGCGCCCCCAGCCACACACCCUCCCCCCAGCGCAUCACCUUUCUCCUGCAUCCUUGCUUUUCUCCGUUGUCCUUUUUGCUCUCUCCCCAGCACAGAGCGUCCUGAGAAGGGGAAACCAUGUGACCUCUCAGGGCACUCAUCUUGUUGGCCCUGGAGUGGGGAGCUGAGUUGAGAAGGGACUUGAGAGGAAGCAGGAGGCUGAGGCCGGUUCACAACUCCCCUUCAGCCUUCCAGCUGGUGAGCACAGACAGGCCUAGAGGAACCAUGCUGCCUAUGAGUGGGCUUCUCAGGUGGCGCUAGUGCUGGCCCCCGAAAGGACACUCCCCAAGUCCCCAGCUGGGGGCCCCGCGUAGACCUGGAGUGGACACCCCCUCCUUCCCUUCAUGAUUCGUUUGUAGCGCAGUGGCGAUGGAUGAUGAGGAUGGGAGAUGCUUACUAGACGUGAUUUGUGACCCUCAGGCCCUCAAUGACUUCUUACAUGGAUCCGAGAAGCUCGACAGUGAUGACCUCCUGGAUAAUCCCGGGGAGGCCCAAACUGCCUUCUAUGAAGGUCCUGGGCUCCACGUGCAAGAAGCCUCUGGCAACCACUUGAACCCGGAGCCCAGCCAGCCGGCCCCCAGUGUGGACCUCGACUUCCUGGAAGAUGACAUCCUGGACUCGCCCGCAGCCGGGGGCGGCGGCGGGGGUGCUGGGGGUGCCGACCAGCCCUGCGACAUCCUUCAGCAGAGCCUGCAGGAGGCCAAUAUCACCGAGCAGACACUCGAGGCUGAGGCUGAGCUGGACCUGGGCCCCUUCCAGCUGCCCACCCUGCAGCCUGCGGACGGCGGGGCUGGCCCGGCGGGGGCCGGAGGGGCUGCUGCCGUGGCCACGGGACCCCAGGCGCUCUUCUCUGGGGGCGCCGACCUGCUGGGGCUGCAGGCCCCGCCCACCGUGCUGACCCACCAGGCCCUGGUGCCACCCCAGGACGUGGUCAGCAAAGCCUUGAGCGUCCAGCCCUUCCUGCAGCCUGUGGGCCUGGGCAACGUGACACUGCAGCCCAUCCCGGGCCUCCAGGGCCUGCCCAACGGCAGCCCUGGGGGUGCCGCAGCAGCCACACUCGGCUUGGCCCCCAUCCAGGUGGUGGGCCAGCCCGUCAUGGCACUCAACCCACCCACCUCCCAGCUCCUGGCCAAGCAGGUGCCCGUCAGCGGCUACCUGGCCUCAGCGGCCGGCCCUUCGGAGCCAGUGACCCUGGCAUCGGCUGGCGUCUCACCCCAGGGGGCCGGCCUGGUCCUGCAGAAGAACCUCCCCGCCGCAGUGGCCUCCACACUCAAUGGGAACUCAGUGUUCGGAGGGGCGGGAGCCGCCCCGGCAGCAGCCAGUGGGACGCCCUCAGGACAGCAGCUGGCGGUGGCCCCCGGCCUGGGCACAUCGCCGCUGGUUCAAGCGCCGAACGUCAUUCUGCACCGCACGCCCACGCCCAUCCAGCCCAAGCCUGCUGGCGUGCUGCCCCCAAAGCUCUACCAGCUGACCCCCAAGCCGUUCGCCCCGGCGGGCGCCACACUUACCAUCCAGGGCGAGGCCGGGGGCCUCCCACAGCAGCCCAAGGCCCCCCAGAACCUGACUUUCAUGGCGGCGGGCAAGGCCGGCCAGAACGUGGUGCUGUCGGGCUUCCCAGCGCCCGCCCUGCAGGCCAAUGUCUUCAAGCCGCCUCCAGCCACCACUACGGGGGCGGCCCCCCCGCAGCCCCCUGGGACCCUGAGCAAGCCCAUGAGCGUGCACCUCCUGAACCAAGGCAGCAGCAUCGUCAUCCCCGCCCAGCACAUGCUGCCGGGCCAGAACCAGUUCCUGCUGCCCGGCACGUCGGCGGUCCAGCUCCCCCAGCCGCUCUCGGCCCUGCCGGCCAACGUGGGCGGGCAGAUCCUGGCGGCCGCGGCCCCCCAUGCGGGCGGACAGCUCAUCGCCAACCCCAUCCUCACCAACCAGAACCUGGCGGGUCCGCUGAGCCUGGGCCCCGUGCUGGCCCCCCACUCAGGGGCCCACAGCGCCGCCCACAUCCUCUCGGCUGCCCCCAUCCAGGUGGGCCAGCCGGCGCUCUUCCAGAUGCCCGUGUCGCUGGCCGCCGGCAGCCUGCCCACCCAGAGCCAGCCGGCCGCCGCUGGGCCGGCCGCCACCACCGUCCUCCAGGGGGUCACCCUGCCCCCCAGUGCCGUGGCCAUGCUCAACACCCCUGACGGUCUGGUGCAGCCCGCCACCCCCGCUGCUGGUGGGGAGGCCGCACCUGUCCUCACGGUGCAGACGGCACCCCAGGCGCCCCCCGCGGUCAGCACCCCACUGCCUCUGGGCCUCCAGCAGCCGCUGCCGCAGCAGCAGCCACAACCGCCACCACCACAGGCCCCCACCCCGCAGGCCGCUGCCCCAGCUCAGGCCCCCACCCCGCAGCCCAGCCCAGGCCUGGCGUCCAGCCCGGAGAAGAUUGUCCUGGGGCAGCCGCCCUCUGCCGCCCCCACAGCCGUCCUCACUCAGGACUCCCUGCAGAUGUUUCUGCCCCAGGAGAGGAGCCAGCAGCCCCUCCCCACAGAGGGCCCCCACCUCUCCGUGCCCGCCUCGGUCAUAGUCAGCGCCCCGCCUCCCGCCCAAGACCCAGCCCCGACCACCCCCGUCGCCAAAGGAGCUGGCCUUGGCCCUCAGGCCCCCGACAGCCAGACCUCCCCGGCGCCGGCCCCCCAGGUGCCGUCCGGGAUCAUUCUCCAGAGCAAGGCCGUGGGGGCCCCCACCGCCCCACAGUCCUCCACCAGCCUGGGACCCCUUGCCAGCCCCACUGCCUCCGUGCUGGUCAGUGGGCAGGCUCCAUCCGGGACCCCCGCCACCCCCAGCCAUCCCCCCGCCCCAGCGCCCAUGGCCACUGCAGGCCUGCCUCCUCUGCUUCCUGCCGAGAACAAAGCCUUUGCCAGCAACCUCCCGACCCUGACCGUGGCCAAGGCCGCCCCUUCCGGGCCAGGGAAGUCCUCCGGGCUGCAGUAUGAGAGCAAGUUGGGUGGAUUGAAGAAACCACCCGUGCUUCAGCCCAGCAAAGAAGCCUGGGAGGGGGGUGGGAUAAGGGUGAGCCCCUCCGCGGAGAUGGUAAUGAUCGACCGAAUGUUCAUUCAAGAGGAAAAGACCACGCUGGCCUUGGACAAGCAGCUGGCCAAGGAGAAGCCAGAUGAGUACGUGUCUUCCUCCCGCUCUCUUGGUCUCCCCGUCGCCGCUUCUUCCGAGGGACACCGGCUGCCCGGCCACGGCCCGUCCCCAUCCUCGGCGUCCGGGGCCCCAGCCCAGCCCCCUCUGCACCUGCCCACCAAGCUGGUGAUACGGCACGGCGGCGCGGGCGGCUCCCCCUCCGUGACCUGGGCCCGGGCCUCGUCGUCCUCCCUGUCUUCCUCCUCCUCGUCCUCCGCCGCCUCCUCCCUGGACGCCGACGAGGACGGCCCCAUGCCCUCCCGCAACCGGCCGCCCAUCAAGACCUACGAGGCCCGGAGCCGCAUCGGGCUCAAGCUCAAGAUCAAACAGGAAGCCGGGCUCAGCAAGGUCGUCCACAACACGGCCUUGGACCCGGUGCACCAAACGCCGCCACCGCCCCCCACCUCCCUCAAGGCAGCCGAGCCCCCGCCCCGGCCCCCGCCGCCGCCCCCGGCCCCUGGCCAGAUGAACGGUACAGUGGACCACCCGCCACCGCCGCCGGCCGCCACUGAUCGCAAGCCACCGCCACCGGCCCCACACUGCCCCCGCCUGCCCCUCCGCAAGACCUACCGCGAGAACGUGGAGGCCCCAAGUGUUGGGGCGACUGAGGGGGCAGCGGCUGCAGCGGCCGUGGGCAGAACCCGGGGUGGCAGCCCAGUCCCGCUGCCCACCAAAGUGGACGAGGCCACCAGCGGGCUUAUCCGCGAGCUGGCGGCGGUGGAGGACGAGCUAUACCAGCGGAUGCUGAAGGCCGGGCCGGCCGAGCCUGCGGCAGGCACCGGGCAGGGUAGCGGCAGCCGGGAGCCCGGCUGGGAGGCGCCUCCGCUGCCCCCCGCCAAGCGGCGCAAGUCCGAGUCGCCCGAUGUGGACCAGGCCAGCUUCUCCAGCGACAGCCCGCAGGACGACACGCUCACGGAACACCUGCAGAGCGCCAUCGACAGCAUCUUGAACCUCCAACAGGCCCCCGGCCGGACGCCCGCACCCCCGUACCCCCACGCCGCCCCGGCGGCCGUCACGCCCACCUCCCCGACGCCCCUGCACAGGCCGGAGGCCUACCCGCCCUCCAGUCACAACGGUGGCCUCGGUACCAGGACGUUGAACAGAUAACACCGGGCUGGACUUCCCUUCCCCGUCCCCUCGCUCCGCAGGGACGCAGCGGGGAGGGGGGAGGGGGGCAGCCGGGCGUCUGACCUCAGCCUCCUGGGGGACACGAGCCGGGGACCCCUUGAGUUUUUCUUGCCUAAGUUAUUUGAGUCACAAAGGCCUCGUCCCCCCCACCUCCUGCUUCAGCCGGGUGGUUGGGUGGGGGUCGUGGAUUUCGGGGAGGGGGGCUGUAAUGUACAAGGUCCCCCUGCCAAAGGGGGGCGGUAAUCCUGGUGUGUCAUCUCCUAUUUCUUCCCAUUUCCUGCCACGCUCCGCCCCUCGGCCGGGGGGGACACGUGCGCAUUGGCCAGGGAGGAGGGCUCCCUGGCGGUCCCCACCGCUCACGCGCAUCCAGGUGCCCAGUUUGCCCGCGUGGCUUCAAUCUGUCCCUGCGCCCGUUGCUGGCAGGGUCGCGUCUCUCCAACGCCCCCCACAGGCCGAGACAGGAAACGCAGGGAAAGAGCGGCAUGAGCCUGCCUCCCGGGACCCCCACCUGGCAGCGCGUGCCCACGGGCACCCGUGUCGCAUCCGUGUGUGUGUCCCGCUCCGUGUCCUGUGUCCCUCUGUAUGUGCUCGAGUGAGAAAGAUUUCAAAGCCUCCAGUCCCUUGACUGAAAUCUGAGCACCUCCCAAACAAAACCGGGAUCUUUCACCCCCUUCCCCAAACAGUCUUCCCCCGUCUGUUCUUCCUGCCGCCAGCCACCCGCGCCAGAUUUUGAAAUCUUGGAGACAAAACUAGUACUGUAAGAUAAAUUUUUUUGUACUGUAUUUAUUGUGUAUAACGAUUUUUUUAAAAGGAGAAUUCUGUACAUUUAGAACUCUUGUAAAUUAAAAAGCGAUCCUUUUUUUAAAACUGUA